AUGGAGCACAAGGUGACCUGUGUCCUGGUCAUGGUCCUCAUGCUGGCUGUCAGCACCCUGGCUGAGGACCAGGCAGGUAAGGAAGCUUCUUCCUACACAUGUACAAUGACCCUCCGGGAGAGGGUGAACUGUGGUUAUUCUGGCAUCACGGCCGAGGAGUGCACAAGCAGAGGCUGCUGUUUUAACGACAGAACCAUGGGUUACCCGUGGUGCUUCCACCCCCUGGCCAUUGAGAACCCUGAAGAAGUGGGGGAGGAAGAGCGGGAUUCUGCAGGGUUGGCAGCACUGGCCCCUCCUGGCCACCGCAGAGUCCGUGGCCAUGUGGAGCUGGGAACCAGGCAAGCUGUGGUGACAAAGGACCUGAACAAACACAGCUCUGCUG